AUGCUUCUUUCUUUCUUUCUUUCUUUCUUUCUUUCUUUCCCAAAUACCACUUUCUUUAUUUCUUUCUUCUAUUCUUUUUGUCCUUUCUUUCUUUUUCUUUCUUUCUUUCUUUCUUUCUUUCUUCCUUCUGUUAUUCCUUAUAGCUUCUCUUUCUUUCUCUUCAUUAUUUUUGUCGUUUUCUUUCUUCCCGUUUUCUUUCUUUUUGUCCUGAUCCUCGUUUUCUUUUUUACAUUCAUCAACUUAAUCCAUCAUCCUCUACCGCACAUCUUUCUUUCUUCCUUUCUUCUUUCUUUCUUUCUUUCUUCUUUCUUUCUUUCUUUCUUUCUUUCUUUCUUUCUUAGUCAUUAUUAUUCUAUGAUUGCUUCUCCUUUCCCCUUUCGUAGCCUUUACAUUGGCUUUCUUUCUUUCUUUUUCCUCCUUUGUUAUUUCUUUCUCACUUUUACUUUCUUUCUUUCUUUCUUUCUUUCUUUCUUUCUUUCUUACCUGCCAUUAAUUUAUGCUUGCUUUUCUUUUCCCUUUCACUGUCUUUCCAUUAUAUCUUUCUUUCUUUCUUUCUUUCUUUCUUUCUUUCUUUCUUUCUUUCUUUCUUUCUUACCAUUAAUUUAUGCUUGCUUUUCUUUCCACUUUCACUGUCUUUACAUAUCUUUCUUUCUUUCUUUCUUUCUUUCUUUCUUUCCUGCCAUUAAUUUAUGCUUGCUUUUCUUUCCCCUUUCUCUGUCUUUCCAUAAUAUCUUUCUUUCUUUAUUUCUUUCUUUCUUUCUUUCUUUCUUUCUUUCUUUCCUGCCAUUAAUUUAUGCUUGCUUUUCUUUUCCCUUUCACUGUCUUUCCAUUAUAUCUUUCUUUAUUUCUUUCUUUCUUUCUUUCUUUUUCUUUUUCUUUUUCUUUCUUUCUUUCUUUCUUUCUUACCAUUAA